CCUCCAAACUGGUUUUAAUCACGGAGAAGCAGGAAGAAGAAGAAAGGGAUGAAGCAGGAAGAAGGAGAAAGCCUAUAACAGGAUUUGCAGAGCUGGAUGAACAGGGAUCAAAGUGACAGUUUGCACAUUGAGGCUCAGGCAGCAGGAGCAGACUUAUACUUCCUUCUUCUCUGAACUGUGAUCCAGCAGAGUCCGUAGAUGAAUAGAAAAAGAAGAUAGCUUACAGUACACAACUUUACUACCUGGAGCUAACUAACAUCAGAGAACUGGGCCAGUCAGAAACUGACAAUGGAGAACAGUGCAACAAACCCAUUUGUGAGGACCAGCAGCAACAAGUGCAUACUGAGGUCAGAGCUGUUGUCACUUCUGAGAACUUACAACUGUUUUCAUGAAGGAAAGAGCUUCCAACUGUGGCAUCACGAGGAGGGAGGAGAUCUUGUGGUGGAAGGCCUUCUGAAUAUCUCAUGGGGUUUGCGACGGCCAAUCAGACUACAGAUGCAUGACGAUAACGAGCGGAUAUGUUUCAGCCCCUCAGAGCCCUGGAGGCAGGAGUCACUAAGAAAAACCAGGCCAGAGAUACUGCCAGUGGAAAGCCCAUACGACCCAGAAGAACUGAAUAACAAUACCAAUAGCAGAAAUGUAAGUGAGGAGGAAACCCCACAACUGAAGAGGACAAGAAGCGAUGCCAGUUUUGUCCAGAUGCGAACAAAGCUCCGAAGCCCAGGAGAAGUGCAGAAACUGAAAAGUAACAGGUUCUCUAUCAAUGGUCACUUCUACAACCACAAGACCUCUGUGUUUACACCAGCCUAUGGAUCAGUCACAAAUGUGCGUGUUACGAGUAAAAUGAAUACAUGUCAAGUCUUGAAGCUGCUGCUACGGAAAUUCAGGGUGGAAAACAGUCCUAAUGAAUUUGCACUUUAUUUGCUUCAUGAAUCAGGGGAGAGAACAAAACUUGGAGAAACAGAGUUUCCACUGAUCUGCAGGAUUUUGCAAGGACCCAGUGAAAGGAUUGCCAAGAUAUUCUUAAUGGAGACUGACCUUGGAGAGGAAAUUUCACAUGAUGUGGCCCAGUAUAUUAAGUUUGAGAUGCCUGUGUUGGACAGUUUUGUUAUGAAACUGAAGGAAGAAGAAGACAGAGAGAUCAUCAAACUGACCGAAAAAUAUACUGCCAUACGCAUGAUGAUGAUGCAGCGCUUGGAGCAAUUAAAUAGUUGUGAGAGUUACGCCUGAACAACACUUCUGUACCACAGAGAGCAGAUGUGGGCUGAAUGACCCGUUACACUACUGCAAUCGGGGACAUUGUAUUUAAAGAGCAGUGCAUGGCUCACUUGCAGUUGCACACUUGUUCGAGCUGAAGUUCUUGUUUUCUCAGGAAAAAAAACACUUGCUUCUUAGCAAAAGGGAGAUUGCCUUGGCUACACACAAAUGCAAAUAGUUCAGUCUCAUACACUCUACUUUUAUCGAAGUAAUGUACAAAAAAAAAAAGGAUAAAAAGUCAGUGAUGCAUUAAUAACAACAAUCUAUCUCUGAAUAAAGAGAACAUCUAGUUUUGAAAGAAAGAUCUCAGCUUUUGCCCAGUCACACCAAUCAGAGACUGUUGUACAGCUUUCUCUAAGCUAGAUCAUGUAGAACUCAAGGCAGUUCCUGAAUGCAAGAAAGUAUCUGAAGCAGCAGCCCUGUAACUACUGACCACCCAUGUCCACUUACUCUUUCACUCAAAUUGUGUCUGUUCCUAUUUGCUAGUUAGGAUGAGUUCUGUAAGUUUUAAUGUCAAGGGAUGAUCCACUGUUAUUCUUUUUACCUCAAGCAGGGAUUGCCUUUUGAUGUGGCAGCAAUUAAAGAACACCAGCGAGACGCCAUAAUAACACAGCAAAAUGCAGUACUUUUAUACUAUGAAGUUGAAAAGGAUGAUUUGAUAUUAAAUACACAAAAAUAGAAAAUAAUAUCUAGGCAUUGCUCCCAUGUGAGUUUUUUUUUAAAAAUGAUAAGUUCAUAAUUUUUACAGGGAUCAUUUUCUUAAGCUGUGUCAAUUUAGUUUGCUAUUUCCAUAAUACACAUUUAAGGACCAGUAACAAUAAAAAAAACAAUUAACCUGACCUUCUAUUUAUUUCUGUCAUGUAAAAAAUGUAUUUGAAGUCCUUGUUUUUAUUGAAGCUUAUUUUCAGCUCUGACCAGUUCAAUAGCUUUUAUAUAUAAUGCCUCUUCAGUGAAAAGUUAGAUAUUUCAUAUUUAAGAGCCACCUUUAGAAAACCCUAUGAAAAAUUGCAGGUAUUUUUCAUAUAAAAAAAGCUUGUGUUCUAGAAAUUAUGUCUAUACAGCCAGACUGCAUACCUUACUUUCUUGUUCAUUGCCUGUGCGGUGCUAAAUGUUGUUACAGGGACCACUGAUAUUUAAAGAAGGGAGAAACAAAUUAAUACAUUGGCUUCACCACUCCUCCAAAACCUGUUAAACAAGCUUGUAUGAUUUUUCUCAUGUACUUCAAAAUAACAAAUUUGGAGAAUCAGAGAAAAUAAAUUGAUGUUGGAGGGAUAAAGGGUAGUCUGCCUAUUCAAACACACACUAAAAAACUGUCAUUGUGAAAGAUAUAA